GUCUCUGCCUCCCAAGCGCUAGAGUAGGAAUCUUUUAUCUGUCUGAUUCACAACUGCAUCCUCAAUGCUUAAAACAGUGAAUGACCUAAAGUAAAGAAAUACUUUUCCAAUGAACCAACACAACAAGCAUACUUACAUUUUUAUAUUCAUAUAUAAUCCUACACUCACACAAAAUAAAAGCCAGAACCCUUAUCAUAAUCCACAGCCCUACAACAUCUGGUCUUCUGUGACUUCAUCUCCUAUCACUGUAUCUCUGAAACGCACCAUUUAACAACAUUAGACUUCUCACUGCUCGGAGAGCAUGCUACGCACAUUCCUGACCACAAAUAAAGAUUUUUUGCUGAGCACGGUGGCAUAGAGCUAUAAUCCUAGCACAUGGAAUUCUGAGGCAGAAUGAUCCCAAGUUCAAGGCCUGCCUGAGCUGGGGAAAGUGUUCACAGCCAGCCUGGUCAACUUCACAAGACCCCAUUACAAAAUUAAAAGUUUAAAUAGUAAUUUUUUUAAGGGUUUAAGGAUAUAGCUCUUGCCUACCAGGCCUGAGGCUGUAAACUCAAUCCCCAGUACACUGAAAAGACAAGACAGAGAGAAGAAGAAACAAAGCAAGGAGGGGCGGGAGAGGAAAUGGGAGAGAGCCAAAGACAGAAAGAAAUCUAAUGAGUGGCUGUCAAUAGUUUAACAAAACAAAACAUGAACUACAACAGAAAUGAAUAAGUAUAUUACAAUUAGGAUUAGUACUGUGUACAACUUUUAGUUGAGGGGUGUGUGUGUGUGUGUGUGUGUGUGUGUGUGUGUGUGUGUACUGGGUUAUGGGUAGCGGUGAAAAAACAAUGCUUGAGUACAACUUGAAGGCUUGUAAAUAGGAACAAGAGUUGGACCGACAUCCACAACCUGCGGACCCCCCAGUGGAGAACAAGGUAUCUGAGGCCAUUAGGAGACAAAGCAAGGAGGGUAGGAGCAGGAAUAUCUGGGAAGAAGGGCUCAUAGACACACUAACCUGCCCUCUCUGUUUCUUCCUCAUCUGUUUCUCCCUCCCUCAUCAUGUUCCAUUCCUUCCAUUUCUGUGUUGUUUUCUAUCCAUUUACAUCCUUGUCUCCAUUUUUCAAUCUCAUUAUUUACUACUCUGUCUCUGCCUUUUUUCUGUCCCCUACCUUCAUCUCUCUGUCUCUCCGUCUCUGUCUCCCUCCAUUGUCUCCAUUUGCAGGUGUAGCUCAGCAAGACAACCGAUGGAGUCCCCCGGGGCCCAUCAAAUACUGGACUGGCCGACCCCCUAGGGUUGGGGGUAGCCCUUGCCCCUCAGCAUGGCCAACACCACCGGAGAGCCUGAGGAGGUGAGCGGCGCACUGUCCCUGCCAUCCGCAUCGGCUUAUGUGAAGCUGGUGCUGCUGGGACUGAUCAUGUGUGUAAGCCUGGCAGGCAAUGCCAUCUUGUCCCUGCUGGUGCUCAAGGAGCGUGCCCUGCACAAGGCUCCUUACUACUUUCUGCUGGACCUGUGCCUAGCUGAUGGCAUACGCUCUGCCAUCUGCUUCCCUUUUGUACUGGCUUCUGUGCGCCAUGGCUCCUCAUGGACCUUCAGUGCACUCAGCUGUAAGAUUGUGGCCUUUAUGGCUGUGCUCUUUUGCUUCCAUGCGGCCUUCAUGCUGUUCUGCAUCAGCGUCACCCGCUACAUGGCCAUCGCCCACCACCGCUUCUAUGCCAAGCGCAUGACACUCUGGACAUGCGCAGCUGUCAUCUGCAUGGCCUGGACCUUGUCUGUGGCCAUGGCUUUCCCACCUGUCUUUGAUGUGGGCACCUACAAGUUUAUCCGAGAGGAAGACCAGUGCAUCUUUGAGCAUCGCUACUUCAAAGCAAAUGACACACUGGGCUUUAUGCUUAUGUUGGCUGUGCUCAUGGCAGCCACACAUGCUGUCUAUGGCAAGCUGCUACUCUUCGAGUAUCGUCACCGCAAGAUGAAGCCAGUGCAGAUGGUGCCAGCCAUCAGCCAAAACUGGACAUUCCAUGGCCCUGGGGCUACCGGCCAGGCUGCUGCCAACUGGAUCGCUGGCUUUGGCCGUGGGCCCAUGCCACCAACUCUGCUGGGUAUCCGGCAGAAUGGGCAUGCAGCUAGCCGGCGGCUACUGGGCAUGGACGAGGUCAAGGGUGAAAAGCAGCUGGGCCGAAUGUUCUACGCGAUUACACUGCUCUUCCUGCUCCUCUGGUCACCAUACAUCGUGGCCUGCUACUGGCGAGUGUUUGUGAAAGCCUGCGCUGUGCCCCACCGCUACCUGGCCACUGCUGUUUGGAUGAGCUUCGCCCAGGCUGCCGUCAACCCAAUCGUCUGCUUCCUGCUUAACAAGGACCUCAAGAAGUGCCUGAGGACUCAUGCCCCUUGCUGGGGCACAGGAGGUGCCCCAGCUCCCAGGGAACCCUACUGUGUCAUGUGAAGCAAGCCAGUAGGUGAUAGCCAGGGGGAAAGUCAUGAUCACCAUACUGGGGCCAACAGCAGGGGAAGAGUGGGACCCAUACAGAAGCCUUCUUUUUUGAGCUUCAGCCCAGGCUCUCAAACCAUCCCUAACUGAGGCAUUUUGCCAACACCUCCUUAGGGCUAGAAACUGGCUGAGGAACUGGAGGCAUUUCUAGUUUUGUGGGGCUUGUCCCGCAGCCUCCUCCACUUCUCCAAUCUCAUUUUCCCGUGCCCUCCCUGCCUCCCUAUCCCUCUUCCCUCUCCUAUCUUUCUAAAGUGACGAGUCAGUAAAAGAAAACGAACUGAAAAUGCAGGGUUUUUUAAUAAUAACAGCUGAGGAAACAGGCUUUCUUGCUUAAAUGUACCCCCCCCCCCCCGACAUUGUCAAGAAAUGGGAAAUUUCUCCUGUAAAAUAGAUUUCCAGAGAUCUUACUGCCCCCUGGGCUCCCAUUCACCCUCCCCUUCUAAGUCCCUUAGCAAGACCUGGAUGUUUAGGAAAUAUUGACUUAAGGCUUCACACAAGAGGGACCAAAUGGGGUGCUGCCCUCCUGGGGAGCAAGGAUGUUUAAAUUGCUAUGUUGUGUGCAAUGUUGUUUUUGGCUAACCUUGAUCCCAAGCCUAGUCUCCUAUCCCUCCCUACCAUAUCCAGACUUUGCAGGUGUUUCUUGAGGCUCUGUUUGAAAAGCCAAGAGCAUACAGAGAAGGGUCUCCAUGAUGUGCCCAGGCUAGAUGAAGAGCUGAAUAGUAGAUGAGCUCCUCAAGCAAAAUAUACCAAACUUAGCUACAUUCUCCCAAACUUUCUUUUGGAUCCCCUAUCCUUUCUUCCUAGAAAUAUACAUCCACUUGUCCCCAUCAGGGAUGAUGUGGGUAUAUGCUGACAGGGGAAGUUAUCCGUGGAAGUAUAGGGAGAUGAUUAAACUCCUCAGAGUGGCUGGACUCCAGAGCCUGGGGUGAGAGCUAAUUCACCCCCACAGUUGUUUCUUGGGUUCACACUAUUCUGAAAAUGAAAAUUCUUUGGGGGCCUUGGUAACCAAUAGUGCUACAAACUUCAAGGCCCCAUGGAAUUGAGUCCAUUCCUUCCUGUGACCUCUUUUUGUCCCUUCCAGGACUCGCAGGCCUUGAGUCCCUCCUUAGUUGCCCUUCUGGGUCCCAAAUAUCCUUCCUCGCAGUUCUUCCUACCUCCACCCUUGCUUACACGCAAAGUGGAGCAGAUUACACCCGAAUUCCACAGGUGGAAGGUCCCAAGGCUCUUCCACAGACAGAGACCACUCUGGGCUUACUUCAAGGUCGGUUCUAUAGACUGGUGAGCCAAGCUGGAACUCUUUGCCUAAGUUUGGGACUGUGAUCUCUCCAUCCCCUUUCUUUCCUUAUAAACUCCUGUCCUAAACUCCACCUCUACCCCAAGAUAGCCCCUGAACUGAGGAAGCCUUGACCCAAAAGCAAUGAAGGGGGUGCUCUAGACAGAAGAGAUAUUGAUGAUCCUGGUUGUGGAGUGGCCCUGGAAAAGCAGACCAGAGUAGCUGAGAGGCUGGGGAUGUGGGGGACUGGGCUAUUCUCUCAGUGAUGAUGAUAGGAAUGCCUUUCUGAAGGCAGGGGUGGAAAGACCAAGGUGGGAGGGCAAAUAGGGUAGACUCAGGAGGGGUUUCCUCCAUUCCCUUUUUCUAACUGCCUGGAUUCAUCAUUGGAUUUUGUAAAUGGAAAAACUGAAAUGAACAAUGUUAUAUUGG